AUGCUAAAUUUUUCUAGGCUUCCAGUGCCUCACUCCUGUCCUCCCCAACCAGGCCAGCACAGCACCCAGCCAACCACAAACAGCUCACAGCAUGACAAUAACAUUUGUGUUCCAAAAGUAGAUAUCAUGUUUAUGAAGACCCAUAAAACUGCCAGCAGCACCUUCCUGAACAUACUGUUCCGCUUUGGAGAGAAGCACAAACUCAAAUUUGCCUUCCCUAACAGCCGGAACGACUUCUUCUACCCCUCACCUUUUCAGCACACGUACGUUCAAGGCUACAAAUCCGGAAUGUGUUUUAACAUUAUGUGUAACCACAUGCGAUUCAAUGCACCUGAGGUGGCCAAAGUGCUGCCAAGAGACACUUUCUACAGUACAAUAUUGCGAGAUCCGGCAGGGCUCUUUGAGUCAUCCUUUCAUUACUAUGGUCAUAUUGUUCCUCUGACCUGGAGCAUACCAGGGGAGGAUAAGAUGGCUGAGUUCCUGCGUGAUCCUAAACAAUACUUCAUCCCAGAUGGAUUUAACUCCUUCUUCCUGAAGAACAUGAUGUUCUUUGACUUUGGGCAGGACAACACUCUGGAUACCGACGACCCACGUAUAGAGGGGAGCAUCAUGGAUAUCGCUGAGCGCUUUCACUUAGUUAUGCUAAUGGAGUACUUUGAGGAAUCGCUCAUCCUGCUUAAGGAUGCUCUCUGUUGGGAGAUGGAUGACCUUGUCUUCUUCAGGCUCAACUCCCGUAAGGAAUCCACUGUGUCUAAACUGACUCCUGAGCUUAGGGCGAAGGCCCUGCAGUGGAAUAGCAUUGACUUGAAGCUUUACAAAUAUUUUAACCUUACCUUCUGGAAGAAAGUGGAGGCUUAUGGAAGAAAGCGUAUGGCAGACGACGUCGCAGAGCUCAAGAGGAGGAACGCAGAAUUGGUAGAGAUCUGCAUUGAGGGAGGUCACUCUGUCGAGGCUGGAAGUAUUCAUGAGGCGGCCAUGCAGCCAUGGCAGCCCAUCGGAGAGAAGUCAAUCGUAGGAUACAAUUUGAAAGAAAAUGUAGACAAAGCCUAUGAGGAGUUGUGCCAAAAGAUGUUAACCCCAGAAAUACAAUAUUUGACAGACUUGGGGGUUAACCUAUGGGUCACUAAGCUGUGGGGACAUGUGAGGAAUAUCAUUAACUGGUGA